AUGCGUGCGAUCGAUUUCCAGAUGCUGCUGUUGAUGGCAAUCCUCUUUGGCCCGUGCCCGCGCCUGGGCCAGCGGGCCCAGCUGCCAGACUCUUUGAGACGCCACAUGAACCGUCUGGCGAACCCCUGUACAGAUUUCUAUGAGUAUGCCUGCGGAAACUGGAUGCAUACGCACCAAGGUCGACCCUAUCGCAGUGUGAUCGACAAGCUGGACCAUGUGUAUCACGGGAAGCUGGUCAAGCUGCUUGACCAGACAAUGCCCCAAGGCGCCCCUAAGGAGCCCCGCUUUGUGCGAAUUCUGCGGGACUACUACACCGCCUGCCGGAAACCACUCGAGGCGACGCCCUCGGCGGAGUUUAUCCUAAGGUUAUGUCGGAUGACCGAUUUGGAUGGCAACGAGCUGUCCGUGGCCCUGACGGCUCUAUUCCAGGCCGAUGUUCUUCUAGAGAUAACCGACAGCAACCUGCCGUCGGUUUGGGCGCAGCUUAUAUUACGCCCCUCGGCCGAGGGCGAUCGAAACGCGUCCUUGUACCAGCCCUUGAGCCGGGAGCAGUUUGACCAGCUCUGGCGCAGGCUACCCUUCCCAGAGGAGACCCCAGAUGAGGUGUGGAAAAAGGUAAAGGACCUGGAGGAGGCGAUUACCGUCAAGGUUAAGGCCAAGGAUGCUGUUUGCUGGACACUGAAUACCGACAAUACGGGUACGCAGGUGCCGUUCCCGGUUCCAGCCUACUGGAUGCUGCCUUGGCCCACCUUCGAGACUGACAUUCUGUACAUUACGCAUCUGUCGCAUCACCUGGCCAGCCAGCCCCCGCGCUUCCUCCUACACUAUCUGCUUCUUCGAUCACUGCACCGCGAUGGCGAACGGGCACCAUGGAGCUUCACCCGACUGGAGUGCGCUGCCCAGGCCCGCCUGUUCAUCACCCACGCCGCCGUCUGGCUGGUGGAGCAGCACCAUCCCCAUAUGCAGGCCAAUGGCACGCUGCAGGUGCUAUUCGGAGAGCUGAAGCAGCAAUUUAGCUUGAAACUACGGGCCAAUCGCAACAAGUUCUCGGCGGCAACACAGCGCUUCCUUCUCGAGAAGCUGGAGAGAAUGAGUCUGCGGCUGAGCAUUCUUCCCAGCGCAGAGGCCGUGGAGUCUGUGGAGCAGCGCUUGGAGCAGCACUACGAGCAGCUCCGGAUCAACGCCUCUGACUACUUUGGCAACCUGCUGACCGUAAUGGAGCACUCGCGGGUCCAGGAGGUAGAUCCUGCCACCAAGUACGACCUGCAUCCGGUCAAGGUGCAUGGCUACGGUAGCUAUGCCUCUCCCUUCUUCAUGCCCAUGGCGAAUGCGCUGCUCGUGCCGCUCUCCCUGCUGGAGGCCCCCCUCUUCCGCCCUGAGCAACGCCAGGUUCUCACUUACAGCUCCCUGGGCUUCAUUCUGGGGCAUGAGCUCUCGCACGGCUUUGCGCCCGUCGAUGUGCACUACGAUGCGCGCGGUCGGCCCAACAGGUCAAUGGGCAUUUCACUGAUCACGAGUCGACGGUACUUGUCCCAGGUAUUCUGCCUGCAACGCCGUCACGGACUGUUCGUAGACGAAAAGUUCGCCGAUCUGAAUGGCCUCGAUCUGGCCUAUAGUGCCUACUUCGAGGCGGGGAGCCCUGCCCGGAGCACACCGGCUCAAAAGCAGCUCUUCUUUUUUAAUUUUGCACAGUUUUUCUGCUCGGAUGACAGGAACCUGGAGGACAGCGAGGAGCACGGCAGCGACAGGAAGCGGGUCAAUGACGUAAUGGCCAGCUUCGAUCCCUUUCGUCAGGCCUAUGGCUGUAAGUCGCUGCGGCCUGGUACAAGUUCGCGCUGUCAGUUAUAUUAA